CGCGUGCGGCUCCUUCGCCGUCACCAACAUCGACGACAUUUUCGUCUUGGUGGCCUUCUUUGCCGAGGCGUCCAACAGCAAUUCCAUCACUCUGCUCAUGAUCACCGUUGGACAGUAUGUUGGAUUCACCGUCAUCAUCAUCAUUAGCAUGAUCGGCUUCGGCGCCUCCCUGUUAACCCCUCCGAGCCCAUCGGAUACCUCGGCCUCCUUCCUAUUUUGCUCGGCAUCUGGGGCCUGCUCGAGUUUCUCCCAGGCGAGGAGGAAUCGGAGCAUUCCGCCACUGUGGUGGACUCCACUGCUGCUGCUACGUCUUUGCCGUCGGGCUCAAGACCAUACUCAAAGUCUCCAUUGUCACCGUGACCAACGGUGGGGACAACAUCGGGACCUACGUACCGUUGUUUGCACAAGCCAAAGGCGCAGAAAUAGCGGUAUAUGUCGUCACUUACUACAUCCUGCUCGGGGUGUGGUGCCUCGCCGCAUUCCUGUUCAUGAAGCAGAAGCACGUCCUGCGCGCGGCUCAGAAAUAUGCUAGCAUAGUGGUACCUUUUCUCUACAUGGGCCUCGGCGUCUUCAUCAUCAUCAAGUCGGAGUGCUACCCGUGGUCCAUCGAGCGCAUCGACGAUGCAAACCCCUCGCACCCGGGGAAAACCAUCACGGCGGUCACGUCGACGUUUUUCAUCUUGGCAAGCACCGGCGCAAUGCUAUGGUACAAGCUGCGAAAGAAUGCGGCUCGGCCUCCCCCCCGUGGCUGGGGGUUCGGAUCCAGGGUCCUUGGAGAUGGCCCCUGCUGCGUCCCCCGAGCAGAGGCAGGCUCAAAACAAGGAACGAGAAGCUUUGAGCUCGUCAGAGACUGGCAGGGUCUAUCAAGGUGCAGAAAGUGGAUAUCACAGCAGUCAAAGUUGACUAAUCACGGCUCAGGCAAAGCAGUAAACGCAACGGGUGCGGCCGGCACUGGAGCAGGCGAGACGGAUGUUCCCGGCGCAGCCCGGCAAAGGGUGGUAGAAGCGCCCUCAAACGGCGUGCAAAAAACGGAGCCUUCCACCAGUGGUGGUGGGCAAUAGCCCGGGUCCUCCGCAUGUCAGCAGGGCCCCGCAAGUCCAGCGCCAUGUAUUAUAGUUUUCAUGUGGUAUUAUAUGCCUGCCAGUGAUUUACACGGGCCAUAAUUGAUCCUUUAAUUUCGUCUUGCCCAUGAUGGGGCCUUGUCACCUUUCAAUCUGCCUCGUCGCGAUGACGACCUCGGAGACGGGUGCGCAGACCCUG